UUCGUUGCCAAGCAAGUGAAAGAACAACAGAGCCUCGGAUAAUUCCGGAAUAGGAAAAGAAAAAAGAAAAAAAAUAUAUAUCUGUUUUCUCCCUUUGUUCCCUGAGCGGACACGUGGCUAUCUCAGACUGGUUCAAGUCGCCGGAAAAAAUGGGGAGGAUGACGUGGUUUGACGUCGACGGCACGAAGAAAGGAGAAUGGACGGCGGAGGAAGACCAGAAACUUGUCGCUUACAUCAAUGAACAUGGAAUCGGAGAUUGGCGUUCACUCCCCCGCAAAGCUGAUCUUCAAAGAUGUGGAAAGAGCUGUAGAUUAAGAUGGCUUAAUUACCUUAGACCUGGGCUUAAGAGAGGCAAGUUCAGUGCUGAUGAAGAAGAAACCAUAAUCCAGCUUCAUGCAGUUCUUGGAAACAGGUGGGCGGCCAUAGCCAAGCAUAUGCAGAAUAGAACAGACAACGACAUCAAGAAUCAUUGGAACUCAAGUCUGAAAAAGAGACUCGCACGAAACGGAAUCGACCCAAUGACCCACGAGCCCUUCACCGUCGCCGGAGAAACACCAUCCUCUUCCUCUUCCCCUCCGGCUACGGCGACGGCAUCUUCUUCCUCCUCCGGCUCUGCUCGGAUUCUGAACAAACUCGCCGCCGGGAUGAGACGACAAGCUCUCGAUCUCAAGACUAUUUUGUCUCCGACAACGACGACGAUGACGUGUCACGAUGUCAACGGAGACGAAGAAAAAGAAGAACGUGAGAAGAGGAAUGACGAGACUGAUGUUCCGAUGUGGGACAGAGAUGACGUCGACGUAACUUGUUUCAUGCAGAACUCGAGUUUUGAGGAUGAAACGACCACGUUUAAUGGGUUCACUACUGGAACUACAACGACGUCGUUUGAUUGGUGUGACUCGCUCAUGUAUUUUGACUCGUCAAAUUCCUCCUGCUUCUACAAUUCUGAACUGUACGAUAUCAUUGAUGAAAUUGACCGGUUUAUUUGAUAUGAUCGGAUUUUUGAA